UAAAUCUUGGCUAUUAAAUACCAAGCCGAGUUCUAAUCAUAAUAAAAUCUCUCGUCCCGCUUAAACCAUCACAGCCCAGGCCUAAUGAAGAGCUUGAGACGGCGUCGUUUCCAAGCUAUGUUCCCCAUCAUCCGAUUCACCGACAUAUAACUAGUGAUGGCGGAAAUAUAAUCAAUAAGAAGUGGCGGCGGAAAAUUUGACUGGAACAACCAGUGGCUCGUCGUUGCGAAUAGUACCCGUCAUGAGGAACAAGUUAUUGACGGAUACGGUUAGGUAGAUGAGCAACGUUCAACAGGGAGCCUGUGUAGAUGUGCAUAAAGAAGCGAUCUGAAUCUGACUCUUGCUUGCUUAAACAGAUGGAUAAAAAUGGCGGUGAAAGGGCGCAGGAAGUCCAUUUUCAAGAGUUUGACAAACCGAUGGAGUCGAGGAGACUUGUAUGCAGCACUUUUGGUAUAUUACGUGGUGAAGCAAAACCCUCGGGGGCUGAAGAUAUGGUAGUGGAGAAUAUAAACAUUGGAGUGAUUCUUGACGCUGGAUCAUGGCAGGGAAAGAUUAUCCAGAACUGCAUUUCUAUGGCUAUUUCGGAUUUCUACACACUUCAUGCCCAUUACAGAACGAGAAUACGCCUUCACAAGAGGGACUCAAAAGGACAGCCAUUACGUGUUCUCUCCGCAGAUUCUAUUGGUAAAAUCAGAAGAGAGUUGUACCCAUCUGAUAAUAGGAGGCUCUUAACUUCUAGUACUUCAACCGACAAUUUUGAAGCCAUUAUCUGGCCUGGAGGAUCUGCAACUACUCCUAAAGGUUUGAAGAGGCGAUUGAAUAGUAGAAAGCUUAGAAUUGCAGUUCCAAUGAAUAGGGGAUUUCCAGAAUUAGUGAAAGCAGAGCACGAUCUGCGAACAAAUACUACUAUUUUCACUGGCUUCUGUAUUGAUGUUUUCAGGGCUGCCAUUGAUUCCUUACCAUAUGAAGUGGAUUAUGAAUUAGUACACGUUACUAGUGCUGAUGGAGAAGAUAAUUUAAAUUACAAUGAUGUUAUCAACCAAGUCUAUUGUCAGGAUUAUGAUGGUGCGAUUGGGGAUCUAACGUUCACAGCCAACAGAUCUUCAUAUGUUGACUUCACAUUGCCAUACACGGAUGUCGGUGUUGGAAUGAUAGCUGCAAAGGACAGCAAAAACAUGUGGAUUUUCUUAAGGCCUCUCACAAUAGAUCUUUGGCUAUCAACUGCUGCUUUCUUUGUUCUGACUGGCCUUAUUGUUUGGUUGAUAGAGCGCCCCAUAAAUGCUGAAUUUCAAGGCUCAGUUUCCCAGCAAAUUGGGAUCAUUUUCUGGUUCUCAUUCUCCACACUUGUUUUUGCUCAUAGGGAAAGGUUGGAGAGCAACUUAUCAAAAUUUGUGGUGGCGGUGUGGGUUUUUGUAGUGCUUAUAUUAACUUCUAGUUAUACUGCUACUUUGACUUCAAUGAUGACGGUUCAACAAAUUCAACUAGAUUCAAAGGAGAAUUACAUAGGAUAUCAGAAAAACUCAUUGCCCCUCACUUAUGGAGUUAUUAGCAAUCUUAACUUCAGGAAUCCAAAUCUUCAACCGCUUGGCUCACCUGAAGAAUAUGCCGAGGCAUUAUCAAGAGGAAGCAGCAAUGGUGGAGUGACUGCUAUCAUAGACGAGAUACCAUACAUAAAGAUUUUUCUUGGAAGGUACUCUGCUGGUUAUGCUAUGAUAGGAUCCAAGUCCACCACCAACGGCUUUAGCUUUGCUUUUUCGAAAGGAUCAACGCUGGUAGCAGACCUGUCACAGGCCAUUGCAAGACUAAGGGCAGAGGAGAAGCUUAUAAUGUUGGAAAACGCUUGGUUCAAGGCUCAAUCGGAUAUCACUUUUGGGGACACUACUCCAAAUGCUGUGGACCGUCUGUCAUUUGCUAAAUUUAGUGGUUUAUUUCUCAUAACUGGAAUCUCUUCUGCUUUAGCCCUUGCCAUGUUUUUUAUUUUUCUACUCCAUAGAAAUUGGCACCUACUAAAAAAAUUUGACCUCAACCUACUUAUUUUGAGAUGGAUUUGGUCUUUAAAAAAGUAUCUUUCCACCCUAAUCAUUUUUAGGUUAGGAGAAACAAAUGUAAUUCACCCAAACUCGGAUUCUGAUGUAUAAUAUUUGGACAUAUCUUCU